AGGGCUCUGCCUCAAAACCUCUCAGUUAGUUGUCAGCCUGGAAGGUACCCAGCGGCAGCAGCGGGGGGAAGCGCCCUGUUAGCUCAGCGUCGCAGAGCAUCCGCAGCCGCCACCAGGCCCCGCCCAGAAGCAGCCGCCAGGAAGGCCGCGCCCGGGACGACUGCAGAGCGCGGUGCUCUUACCAAAUUUUUCCACGUGUGUGACUUAAUCCGUCUUAACAGCCAGAUCCUUCUCCGUUGGGUCCUCAGCUAAGACCUCUGCCAUGCCGGUGACAGUGACCCGCACCACCAUCACAACCACGUCAUCAUCCUCAGGCCUAGGGUCCUCAACCAUCGUGGGGUCCCCUUGGGCACUGACCCGUCCCCUGGGCCUCCUCCGCCUGCUGCAGCUGCUGUCCACCUGUGUGGCAUUCUCUCUGGUGGCGAGUGUGGGCGCCUGGACAGGGCCCAUGGGUAACUGGUCUAUGUUCACAUGGUGCUUCUGCUUCGCCGUGACCCUCAUCAUCAUCAUCGUUGAGUUAGGCGGGCUCCAGGCCCGCUUCCCGCUGUCUUGGCGCAACUUUCCCAUCACCUAUGCCUGCUACGCCGCCCUCUUCUGCCUCUCGGCCUCCAUCAUCUACCCCACCACCUAUGUCCAGUUCUUGUCUCCUGGCCGUUCCCGAGACCACGCCAUUGCUGCUACCGUCUUCUCCUGCAUCGCUUGUGUGGCAUACGCCACUGAAGUGGCCUGGACCCGGGCCCGGCCUGGCGAGAUCACUGGCUAUAUGGCCACCGUGCCGGGGCUGCUCAAGGUGCUGGAGACCUUUGUGGCCUGUGUCAUCUUUGCCUUUAUCAGCAACCCCAACCUGUACCAGCAGAAGCCGGCCCUGGAGUGGUGCGUGGCAGUGUAUGCCAUCUGCUUCAUCCUGGCAGCAGUGGCCAUUCUGCUGAACCUGGGGGACUGCACCAAUGUUCUGCCCAUCCCUUUCCCCAGUUUCCUGUCAGGGCUGGCAUUGCUGUCCGUCCUCCUCUACGCCACUGCUCUUAUCCUCUGGCCCCUCUACCAGUUCGAUGAGAGGUAUGGCGGCCAGCCCCAGCGGGCGAGAGAUGUGAACUGUGCCAGCAAACACGUCCACUCUGUGUGUUCCUGGGACCGCCGACUGGCUGUGGCUAUCUUGACGGCCAUCAACCUUCUGGCUUACUUAGCGGACCUGGUGUACUCUGCCCGUCUGGUUUUUGUCAAGGUCUAAGAUUCCCCCAAGGGGCUCCCAUUUCCCUCUUUCCAACUGCUUCAUUCUUCUCUCCUGAGUUUUUUACUGGGUCCCCAUUUUCUCUUCCUUUCCUAUUUCCUCCUCCUGUCUCCCCUCCC